AUGGUUGGUGAAUCAGUAGAUAAGAAAUACCUAGAGGACAACCAAUACUCUGAUGAAGGUAUUAUCAAAUCGUUCUAUUGCGUGAACCGAUUAAAAGCCUAUGAAUUUAUAUUUGGAGAGGAUUACAUUUCCUCUGGAGGAAUAGUUGCAACAACGAAAUUCUUAAGCGACAUAUAUUUGGAAGCAAAUUCGAAAGUACUAGACAUCGGCUCCGGUCUGGGUGGCGGCUGCAAAUACAUAAAUGAGAAGUACGGUGCACACAUGCAUGGAGUGGACAUCUGCGAAAAGAUUGUCACCAUCGCUAAGCAACGAAACAAAGAUAAAGCAAAGAUCGAAUUUGAAGCAAUGGAUAUUGUAAAAAAAGACUUCCCAGAAGCCACUUUCGACAUGAUAUACAGCAGAGACGCCAUUUUGCAUUUGCCCUAUGCCGACAAAAAAAUCUUAUUUGAAAAAUGUUACAAGUGGCUAAAGCCAAAUGGAAUUCUUCUAAUAACCGACUACUGUGCUGCUAAGAUGGAAAAUUGGGACGAAGAAUUCAAGGCCUACGUUAAGAACAGAAAGUAUACCCUCCUGCCUAUCGAAGAUUACGGAGAUCUGAUUAAGUCCUGCAAGUUCCAAAAUGUCGAGGCAAAGGAUAUAAGCGAUUACUGGCAGGAGUUACUACAGUUGGAACUCAACAAAUUGGAGGAAAAAAAAGACGAGUUCUUGAAGAAGUUCUCCAUUAAGGAGUAUAACUCUUUGAAGGAUGGAUGGACCAGAAAGAUUAAGGACGCCAAGAGGGCUCUGCAGAAGUGGGGAUACUUCAAGGCGCAGAAGAUGAUCUGA